AUGUCCACACUCCCCAUUCGUCAGCACGCGCACGGUCAAGCUCACGUUGGCGACGUUCCAAACAUCAGGGACCAGUGCGUCAUCCUCACUGAGCAGGUGACGAUCGUCUCUAUGCACGCCUCUGAUGGUCCCGGUUGCACUGCUUGUGACGAGUCAAAAGAUUCACAUUCAUUGGGGAGGAUGAGCGCUCUGGUAUUCAAGGGUCUUAUCUUCCUGCUCCUUGGAUGGCUGGCAGACGGUCUUCGCAAGAUACGGAACAUGGUUUACUUCGUGGUCCUUAGUCUCAUGCAGACGGCCGCUGGCAUCGCCGGUCUCGCGGCUAUAGCUUAUAUGCUCUUGUUUUUUUACGAAGUUCCUGUCCCGCAGGCCGUGAAAGCUUUGGUCGAAUUGAUCUUGGCGUAG